UCAACCGACAUAACCAGACAUGGACGAACCCAUUGCCGUCUCAAACGGACAAAAUCUGAUCAAACCGGACAUCCAUAGUGCAAUGGAGUUGGCCUUAGUGCAGCUAACAGAUUCAGGCUCGCCUAGUAGUGCAGCCGACCGGCCCAAAGGUUGGGCCGCGCCUAGUAUUGCAGCUAAUAGAGUCGGGCUCGAAACUCAGUUGGGGCGGGUCCGGUCCGGUCCGGUCCUGGUUGAGCCCAACAAAUUCCAUUCCCCUCCUCCCACACAAGACCUAGCAGCCACCGGUUCCAUUCCCCUGCCGCCGGCCAGAGCUCCGGCCGACGCGUUCCCCUCCUUCCUCCAUUUCCCCCUCCCCAAAUCUGCCUCCACCACAUACCUAGCGGCCACCAUGCCAGCAGCACCGCCGCCGGCGCUCCCUGAAGAGCUUGUCGAAGAGGUCCUCCUCCGCAUCCCGCCCGACGAGCCGGCCCGCCUCCUCCGCGCCUCCCUCGUCUGCAAGUCCUGGAGCCAGACAGUCUCCAAUCGCGGAUUUCGGCGCCGCCUCCGCGAGUUGCACCAGGCACCCCCCGUGCUCGGGUUUCUCCAUGAUUGGGAUGAUGAGGACAUCCCCGAGUUCAUCCCCGCCACCGCAUCGCCCUUCUCCCCCGCUAGCCCUGUCCCUGACAGCUCCCUCUGGCAGGCCAUCGACUGCCGCCACGGGCGCGCCCUCUUCCUCUCCAAGGGCCCAUAUGCCGAGGAACUCCUCGUGUGGGAGCCAAUCACGGGUGCCCAGCAGCAUGUACCGGUGCCUGUGGCGUUCUCCGAGACAGGCCGCACGACCGCUGCCGUGUUCUGCACAAUAGAUGGGUGUGACCACUGCAACUGCCAUGAGGGCCCCUUCAGCGUGGUCUUGGUCUUCUCGGUUGACAAUGGAGAUCCUGACUACGAGGAUGUUCUCACGUCAGCAUGCGUUUAUUCGUCAGAGACUGGUGCCUGGGGCGAGCUGACCGUGAUGCAAGACAGGUUCUACAUGCACUUCAUGUAUUAUUCCAGCGUGCUUGUUGGGAAGUCUCUCCUCUACUUCAUGACUGAUGGUGGGUUGAUCGUGGAGUAUGACAUGGCAAUGCAUGGACUGACUUGGUUCAACGCACCAGACUCCUGCUACUCUAAGAAAAUACCCAGUUGCAACCUCAUGCUGGCGGAGGACGGUGGACUGGGACUCGUUGAAGAAUUGGAUCCGCAUCUGCAACUAUGGUCAAGGGAGAUGACUGAUGCGCGAUGGAUACCCAGCCGUAUCAUCUACUUGGGAAGUUUGUCCUUAAAUGGUGCUCCAGCGGGUGCAGCAACUCCAGUCCAUGUGUUGGGGUUUGCCGAGGGAGCAAACACCAUUGUCAUGACCAGGGCUGCUGGCCUCUUCAUGAUCCAAGUACAAUCGGAGCAGAUGACAAGGGUGUGCGAUGAUCAUGGAUACGGUAACCUGAUUCCUGUUGUCGGCUUCUACACUCCUGUGCCCCGAGUGGCCGAAGCUGAAGCAUAAGCUGGUGGGGCUGUUAUCUUAAAUGGUGAAUCGUGGAGUGCGGCCUGGCAGACAGCGGUUGAUUUGGCCUUUAUGUUUUUCACUGCUUUGUGCUAUCUAUCUAUCUGUUUUGUGCUACCUAUCUGAUCUGAUCGUGGAGAGCCUUUCAUGCCACAAAAAUGGUUCAAGUCAAGCUGGGAAUUCUUCUUUUGACAUGAUGCCUGGCUGGGGGACACACCUUUAGAAAUUCAGUUCAGUACCCUCUUUUCUUGUUGUGACUUGUGAGCAACGAAAUGGGGCGGUGUUACCCUUGUGGAAUGGGAACGAGUGCAAGGUUUGCUGCCAGUUAGCGAUCUGCUGGUUUUCAUUU